AUGGGCGUGGAUUAUUACAAUAUUCUCAAAGUUAACCGCAAUGCGAGUGACGACGACUUGAAGAAAGCCUAUCGUCGUUUGGCCAUGAUUUGGCACCCAGACAAAAAUGCCAACAAGCUAGAAGCCGAGGCCAAGUUCAAGCAAAUUUCCGAAGCCUAUGACGUUUUGAGCGACCCAGAAAAGCGCCAGAUCUACGAUCUAUAUGGAGAGGAGGGCCUCAAGUCUGGCCAAGCUCCACCGCCCAAACGAAGCGCCCGAGGUUAUGGGGCUAAUCAGCAUCGUCCUGACCCGAAUUUCCGAUUCAAUCCCAGGACCCCUGACGAUAUUUUUGCGGAAAUUUUUGGGGAAAGUAGUAAUGUUGGUUGUAAUAGUGGUAGUGGGAAUAAACCGAAUAAUGUUGGUGGAAGUGGGGUAAAGAGAGAUGGGUAUUUUAGGAGUACAACCAUGAAUGGUGGGACGAGGUAUGAAGGUGGAGAAAAUUCAGGUGCUGGUGCGGGGGGAUUGAGAAAGGUUCCACCGGUGGAGAAUGGGUUGAUGUGUAGCUUGGAGGAGCUGUACAAGGGUGCUACCAGGAAGAUGAAGAUAUCAAGAAACGUUCUUGAUGGUCAUGGUAAACCUCAGGUGUUUGAGGAGAUCUUAACUAUUGAUAUAAAACGAGGCUGGAAGAAGGGCACAAAAAUAACUUUCCCCAAGAAGGGCAAUGAAGAGCCUGGCAUCAUCCCAGCAGAUCUUAUUUUUGUGAUAGAUGAAAAACCUCAUCCUAUUUAUACAAGGGACGGUAACGAUUUGAUUGUGAAGCAUGAGAUAACACUUCUUGAAUCCCUCACGGGAAAGACUAUUGAGCUGAUGACACUAGAUGACAGGGGUAUCGCGAUCCCUAUAACAGAGAUCAUCAAACCAGGACACGAGGUAGUUAUUCCUAAUGAAGGAAUGCCAAUUUCGAGGGAUCCUAGGAAGAAGGGAAAUCUGAGGAUCCAAAUUGAUGUUAGGUACCCAAAAAAACUCACUGAAGCACAGAAACAUGAAUUGAGCAGAGUUUUGGGAGGAAGCUCGUGA